CCAUCUCUAACAUAAUUUUUUUUUGUAAAAGAAAAAACUUAAUUUAAAUACUAAUGCUAGAUUUAAGGGCUCAUUGUGGAGCGCCUCUAGCAUUAAAUCGGCAACGACUGUCCGUUUCCUAGGCAAGCGACUGAAAAAAUCAUGUCCACCUCCAAUGGCGUCGUCGGCGGAGGGGGUGGCGUCAUUUCGGCUGGCGAUUGGAUAUGCCCAGAAUUCGACUGCCAACAUUUGAACUUUGCGCGGCGCACACAAUGCAAUAAAUGCAACCGCGACAGAGACUGGGAUGACAACAGUAGCGGCAAAGGAGACAAGCCGGAAAAAGAGCGGGAUAGGGAACGGGAGCGCGGUAGCAGCAGCAGCAGUAGUUCAAGCAAAAAGAAACUAGGCACAGAGAUUGGUAAAGCGGCAGCCGAUAAGUCUCGAGGACUUUUUACUGCCGAGGAUUGGCAGUGCAGCAAAUGCGCCAAUGUAAACUGGGCAAGGCGGCAAACCUGCAACAUGUGUAAUGCCCCCAAAUUCUCGGAUGUAGAAGAGCGAACAGGUUUCGGUGGCGGGUACAAUGAUCGCGGUGUGGUAGAGUAUAAGGAUCGCCAGGAUUCGGACAGUGAAUACGAUGAGUUUGGGCGUCGUAAGAAGCGCAAGAACCAUGAUGAUCAUGAUAAUGAUGAGCCCAAGAGGAGACGAGAGGCAGUCGAAAAGGAGAAUGACGACGACGAUGACGAAGAUGAUGAUGAUGAUGGCGAUUUAUCCAAAUAUGAUCUUUGGGGUGACAAUGAAACAUCAGAUGAAAAGGAAAAAAAGAACAAGAAGCAAUCAACGCCACCGCGAGAAACAGAAAAGCGGCGAGAACGUAAGAAAUCCAAUUCCUCUGUGACCUCCUCUUCCUCAUCAUCCAGCUCCAACUCGUAUAGUUCGAGUGGAGAUUCCUCAUCUUCGUCGUCAUCAUCAUCUUCAAGCUCAAGCAGCUCGAAUAGCGGCAAGAAGAGAUCGCAUUAACUCUAUAAUUUAGCAGCUCUAUUACGACUUCCUCCCCUCGAACUCCCUCUUAACCACAGCAAGCACUUUUUCAGCCAGAUAUUUACGAACAUAAUAAACAAUUCACUUAAUUUAAGCAA